AGUCGCUGCUAAUUGGUUCAAUGCUGUUACGUGGCUGCAGCGUUGCUUUUAAUUAACUAUCUUACCACGGAGCUGGCACUUCAAUCCGAAUCAAAUAUACAUAUGAACAUACAAACACACACAUGUAGAUUAGUAGCAGCAGGACUUCAGUUUUAAAAUGGUAAUAACACAAAACAGUUGAAAAAAAAAGAAAAAAAAAAGAAAAACAUCCGAGUAAAUUGUAUGUGCCGAAAAAGGGAAACCUAAACAAAAUCAAUAAUUGGCCGUGCCUGCGUGUUUGAGUGCGUGCGUAUGUGUGUGAGUGUGUCAAAUCUUACACGCUGGACAACUGAAGCAAAUGCCAUGCUGAUUAAGCAAUAAGCGAAGAAGAAGAAGCAAAGCACAAAUAAUAUCAACUCGAGAAGACAAAAUGCAGCAGCAGCAGCAGCAACAACAGCAACAGCAAGCAGCUAGCGUUGCCAAUUCAACAAACGUCAACUCAGCUGUCGGCCUAACUCCUCCCGCUACCGCUCCCGCUCUGUCGAACAGCAGCACACCCAUUCGCAUAGGCAGCGCAAAACAUGCGGGCGGCGGCGAUUCGCUGUUGCCGCCAGUGGGCAACACCGCCUCCCACUCGGUGCCCGGCACCCCACAGCAGCAGACGCCGCAAGCGAGCAGCGUGCCGACGGCAAGCGGCAGCCAUCUGCACCUGCAGACAGCCGGUGCCCUCUCGAUGGCCGCCUCCAAUCAAUCACUGGGCGUCAACGUCGGCGCCGGCAGCAACAUCAGUGGCAUUAACAUAACGCCACCAAACAGCGCCGGGCUGAGGCAGUCAUCAGUAUUCGAUUUCAAAUUCAAGCGUCGACCCUCGCAAAAAGUGCUUUUAACCAAACUGCCCUCCACAGACAGUUUGAGCAACAGCCCAGCGCCAUCAUCGCCAGGAAUCGCCAAUUGGGCCUCAGAUAAUCGCGAUGGCAAUCCAACAGAUAAGUCAGCUGCAGAUGCGGCCAAGCUCAAUCGCAAGGAGUCCUACAAGGCGCAGCGCAAGAAUUACAGGCGCGAGAAGAAGCGCGUGGCCAGCGAGCUGAUGAACUCUCUGCAGGAUCCGGCGGUUAUAGUACUAGCUGACUGGCUAAAGGUGCGCGGCACACUCAAAUCCUGGACGAAGCUGUGGUGCGUGCUGAAGCCGGGCCUAUUGCUCAUCUACAAGAGCCAAAAGACAAAAAGCAGCCAUUGGGUGGGCACAGUUAUGUUGACCUCUUGUCAGGUCAUUGAGCGACCUAGCAAAAAGGAUGGCUUCUGCUUCAAACUCUUUCAUCCCAUGGAACAGUCCAUUUGGGCACCACGUGGACCAGACAAGGAGACAAUCGGCGCUGUGGUGCAACCACUGCCGACCGCUUAUCUGAUCUUCCGUGCCCCCAGUCAGGCGGCUGGUAAAUGCUGGAUGGAUGCACUCGAGCUGUCGCUGCGCUGCUCAGCCUUAUUGCUGCGCACUAACAGCAGCACGACGCCUUCCAGCAAUUACACCGGCGAGCCGCUGCCCGUCUCGAACGAGACACAGUGGUCGGAGGCCGACUACGAGAAGCAUUUCAACGAUCAUGAUCUGGACGCUGACAGUCAGAAUGAGGCGCCCAAUGCGGCCAUGUCUGGCCUGGAGUCCGAUUCAGAGUCCGAGGCUGCGCAGGAAGAUGAUCUUGACCAAGUACCAUGCGAAGAGACGUGCUAUGUCCCAUUCCAAGAGGAGGAAUUCGGUGAGCAAGGAGAGCAGGUGGAGGAGCUGGCAGAGGAGAACAAGAGCCUCAUCUGGUGUAUCGUAAAACAGGUUCGACCCGGAAUGGAUCUUAGCAAGGUGGUGCUGCCUACAUUUAUACUCGAGCCGCGUUCGUUUCUGGACAAGCUCUCAGACUCUUAUUAUCAUGCUGAUUUGCUCUCCAGGGCUGUGCAUGAAGAUGAUGCAUUCACGCGCAUGAAGCUCGUUGUGCAAUGGUACCUGUCUGGAUUCUAUAAGAAACCCAAAGGCCUCAAAAAGCCAUAUAAUCCCAUAUUGGGCGAAACGUUUCGCUGCUAUUGGGAGCAUCCAAAUGGUUCUCGCACGUAUUACAUUGCCGAGCAAGUCUCUCACCAUCCGCCCGUUUCGGCCUUCUAUGUGACUAACCGCGAGGAUGGCUUUAGCAUCACCUGCUCCAUCUUGGCGAAAUCGAAGUUCUAUGGUAACAGCACAUCGGCCGUGCUGGAGGGCACGGCUACGAUGACGCUAUUACCACGCGGCGAAAUUUAUACAGCAACCACGCCCUACGCUCACUGCAAGGGUAUACUCAUGGGUACAUUGUCCAUGGAACUUGGCGGCAAGAUAAACAUCGAGUGCGAGAACACCGGUUACAAGACGGAGCUCGAGUUCAAGCUGAAGCCAUUCCUCGGCGGCGCAGAUGCCACCAAUGUGAUCGUCGGCAAAAUUAAAUUGGGCAAAGAGACGCUGGCGACUAUACAAGGACACUGGGAUAAAGAGUGUCGCCUCAAGGAUCUGAAAACAGGCGAGGAAAUAGUGCUCUUCAAGGCCGAUGCAGACAUGCGCGCGAAACGGCUCACCCGCUAUCUGGUGCCAAUAGAAAAACAACUGCCAACGGAGUCGGAACGCCUCUGGCGUCUCGUAUCCGAGGCUAUAGCGCGCGAGGAUCAAGUUGCUGCCACCGAAGAGAAAACCGUGCUUGAGGAAAGCCAGCGGGCGUCGGCCAAGGAACGUACCGAAAACGAUAAGAAACAUAUUCCGAUGCUUUUCGAGCUGAACGACUACGGUCAAUGGAUAUACAAAUAUUCAGAUUUGCGGCCAUGGGACGUGCGUAACGAUGUGCGCCAAUACGAAUGUGAUUACAAGGUGAUCACCGAGACUCGAAAUAAAACUGCUCCCGUCGUGCUAGGCGCCGACAAGAUGCAUCCGCUGCGUUCCGGUAUGAAUUUAGUCACUCGGUCCUUUGGACAAUUUAACUAUAUACCUUCCGCAGAGGCCUCCAAGGCGCCCAAGGCUAAAAACAAAUCCCUUGUGCUGGCCCCGCACGACACCAACUCGGAUUCAAGCCAAUCACCCCAAGGCGCCGUCAAACGCGGCUCCAAUAGCGCCGCCAUCAAACAACUCACAAAUGCCAUGGAUCAGAUGAAUGCAACACUGCAGAGUCACACAAAACAGCUAAACGACAUCACGCGCCGACUCGAGCGUAUGCAGUAUGCACCGUCCUCUAGAAGCUCUAAUGUGCAUGAGCUGAUUGGCGGCGGAGUUUCCCUAUCGACGGUGAUCAAGUCGCUGAUUUAUGCACUAAUUGGGCUCACGGCCAGCUUAAUUCUGCGUUGGCUGUUCAAAUAGUUCUAUUGGUUAAUCUGUAUACACAUUUAAGUCAAAUUUUUGAGCUACGUAUAUAUUUAUAUAUAGUUUAUAUAUACAACCCAUAUUAUUCUAAAUCUAUAA